AUGUCUUCUGACGAUAACUUGUGUUUAAUGAAAUCUUGUUUUGAAAGUUCAGCCGCAUGCCUCGAAUGUGCUGAAAGAUCUGGCAGCCAUGAAGGUUGCGCAACUCAAUGCAGGAUUAAUGCAGAAUUAGCUGGCGUUACCGCGAGAUUGAUGUCUUUGAAAGCUCCUGAAGUGAAUACUCUUGUCGAUUUGGUUAUCAAAUCUUCCAAAAAAUGCGCUGAUAUUUGCUCUCAGCACAAAAAUGAUCAUUGCCAAGCUUGUGCUGCUGCCGCGCGUAACCUAGGCAAUAAUUUACGAGGUUAUCAAGAGCGCGCAGCUGGCUAA